AUGAAAGCCAUUCUUGGCUCUCAAGAUGUUUGGGACAUUGUAGACAAAGGGUAUACAAAGCCCAUUAAUGAGGAAACUUUACCCUUAAAUGAAAAGGAGGUCUUGUUAAAGACCAGAAAGAAAGAUCAACAGACCCUCACUCUUAUCCAUCAAUGUUUGGAUGAUGGCAUGUUUGAGAAGGUGGUUGAUGCAACCAGCUCAAAAAAAGCUUGGGAGAUUUUACAAAAUUCUCUCCAAGGAGUUGAUAAAGUAAAGAAGAUAAAACUUCAAACUCUAAGGGUUGACUUUGAUGUUUUAAAAUUGAAAGAAUCUGAAUCCAUUUCAGAUAUCUGUUCAAGAUUGAUGGAUGUUGUAAAUCAACUAAGAAGAUACAAGAAUGAAGUACAUGAUGUGCGUGCGGUAGAAAAAAUCCUUCGUUCUUUAACACCUAAAUUUGAUUAUGUGGUGUGUUCUAUUGAGGAUUCUAAAGAUUUAGACUCUAUGGCGGUAGAACAAUUGGAAGGAUUUAAAGGUGAGAAAAGUUACAAAGGAAAUGGACAGUGGCAAGGCCGUGGAAGAGGAAAAAGUUAUACCAAUAAAUCCAACAAUGAAAAUAAGAGUCACCAGUCAUUGAGAGGUUGUUGUCGUGGUCAACAAGGAGGUAGAGGACGUGGACCAUAUCAAGGUACAAAUGAAAUGAAGUAUGACAAAUCUAAAAUUGAGUGUUAUAACUGUCAUAAAAUUGGACACUACUCUUGGGAAUGUCCUAGUAAUGUUGAAGAGACAGUUAAUCUUGUUGACAACAACAAAGACUGA